GCUGUUUUGCCUCUCGUUUCCAUCCUCACAGCAACCCUGUUGUAGACCAGCAGAGAGAGAGAGAGAGAGAGACUCCUGUAUUUAGCUUCACAACAUCCCCGUGGGGUAGGUUAAGCUAAGAGAGGACUCUGCCACUUUAUCCUCACAAUAGCCCCUGAGAGGCAGGUUAGGCCCAGAGAGAAACUCCUGUGUUUUAUCCUUACAGCAACCCUGUGGGGUAAAUUAGGCUGAGAGAAAAUGACAAGGUCAUCUAUUUCCAAAGGCUUUCACGGCCGGAUUCAACUGGUUGUGCAUUCAACUGGUUGUAGUAAUACAAUCAUUACAAGGUCAUCUAGUAAGUUUUCACAUCCAGUGGUGAUUUGAACCUGACUCCAGUCCAGUCCCACUACACCACCCAAGCUGUCCGCACUGGUUGAAUGGCAGUCACAUGAUGGAAGGCCAUUCUUGGGAGCCGAGAGGCUUUCCAGAGACUGUAAGUGGAGCCUUAGAGAAAGUUGAGAGAGCCAGGGUUGUGUAGUGGUUAAAGCACUAGACCUAGGAAUGCGGGAGGCAAGAGCUCAGACUUUCUAGCUGCUAUUAAGUUCCCUUUUGCCAGUUGCACUUUAAACCAGUCCGCCCCACAGGUUGGUUGGGAAUGUGUGGAAUGAGGGAAUGAACAUGUAAACCACCCAGACCCGCUUGGAGGAAAGUAGGGGGCGGGGGCGGGGAGAAGAGAUGUAGAAGUAAAAUGAAAUAAAAGGAGGUGACAGGGAAGGAAAUAGAAAUUGGGAUGGAAAAGAUUGAGGAAUUAAGACAGGAGAGAGAACUGGAUGUGGGGGUUGCCGUCUGUACAUUUGGCAUGUCACUGGAGAACCAAUAGCUGGCUGUAUAGACCCAACUGCUUUCAUAGCUGGCUCUUCACUUUUUCUCUUCUGUUCUCGAUGGACAAGCAUUUUCAUUUUUUAAAAGCCUGGGACCAGAUUUUCUGUUCUGGGUAGUACAAAAGAAGGUUUAACAAAAAUAAGAAAUUUGAAAACACCUUUAAUAUAUCGCUUGAAUACAAUUGGGCAUUUACUGUGUUAACCUCCAUUUCCAGCUCCUAUGAAUCAGCCAGCUCUCAGACGUCCCACAACUAGCGCUCAGUUGGCCAAAUUCUCAAAAGAAAUGAAGACCUUUUUUACACUUUGCAUAUUCAUUGAUCAUGGCUGUGGUUGCUGUCCUUUAAAUGAAAAAGAGAUUUAAAAGUUGUAAAGAUUUUUCUUGAUAUAGUGAUUCCCAGGAGUGCAAGAAAUCUUAAGGGCUGAACAUUUGGUAACAGAAUAAAAACAAGCAAUUUAGAGGAGGGUGUAAUUGUUUAUCUUUUCUACAUUCAUUUUUUCUCAGCCUAAGGUAGCUUUCAGAGGUACCAGUCGCUAUUGGAAUAGUGCAGAGCCCAGUGGAAGACUGACAGAUGUGUUCAAUAACGUUAUCAUGACAGGUUGCAGCUCCUUCUAUGAUUGCUACAAGUUGCAGAGUGAAGAGAACAUAGAUUUGCAUCAGACUUACAGUACUUCACUUCCUACAGCCUCUGAAUGUUCAAACCAUGCUGAUUCCUCUCUUUUCUAUGUCCCGUGGUCUACAUAUACAGAUGACAUUAAACAACCCGUUAGUUCUCAGUUUAAUGUAAAGAACAGGAUUCAAGCAGAAAGAAGUGACUAUGGCAGUGAAACAGACUUGUACGGACUUGUGUCUAACAUCUUGGAAGAACAAGAUAAAUCACAGCCAUAUUUUGCAGAGGGGGCCUGUGCCUCCAGUUUGAAAUCAGUCUGGCCUGUGAACACUACCCGAUUUACAGACCACCCUGACCUGCUGUCGGAGUCAAAGAGGUCAGUAGAUGGCACAGUCACUCAGCAGGCUUUUUACGGUGGAGAAAAUUUAUCAGUGUCGGACAAACAGUAUUUGCAUGCUGGCAACCUAACCUUGCAGCAGAAGGUGGAUGACCUUUACCAUGGGCUCACUAACAUAGACCUUGAAGAGCAAUGGCUGUACCCUUCCCGGAGCGAUCAUGUUAGUAGUUAUAAUAUUCAGGCCACUGAGAAUGCAAAGACUUCGCAGUUUCAAGAUUUUUCAUAUGUCAAAGCAUGUUUUACCCAGCAAUCCAGCCUUUUAGAAGCAAUAAAAGAAUCUGGAGCAGAUACGUUUGCUUAUGGAAGGGAUAAGGUGGGCCCUAAGGGACAAGAUACACAGGUGAACCAAAAAAGAGCAGAUAUGUUUUUGUCACAAUUUAACAGAUACGGCGAAAAUGCUGAUUUUUGUAAAUGCCCAGAGUACUCCCAUCCAAAUAAAGCAAAAAAUAAUAAAAAUAUAAAUUAUGGUGUCCAUGACAAUAAAAAAUUACCAACUGGAACACCUGAGUUAUCAGCCUUGGAUACAGACAAUUAUAGUAAAUUAUUUCAGAAUAAGCCAGCUGUCCAGAAGAAAAUGGAAGACGCCUCUUUGGAGCAGCAACAUUUUACUUUUCAAAAAACUUCAGGACUCAUGUCAGAAAAGCCAUUUGUGAAUGAAACUUCGUUUACUACGGACCUUGGUUUAAAAUCAGAUUUUACCCUCAAGUCUCACACAACUGUCCCAGGGAGUAGCGAUUUUACAAAUGGGGCAGAAAAUUCUGAAUAUUUCAAAUCACUGAAUAUUUUAUCCACAAACACAGGAACUACUUCCUCAGGCACAAGUAUAAGGCCAACCUGGAUCAACAUCCAAACAAAAGUCAACUCCAUCCCUAUGCGGAAUCACGGCACCUUGAUAAAGUUGAAUAAUAAUUUAUCUGCAGGCUCAAAAGCUUCUAGUCAUUCUUAUGAUUUUUCCCAGUUACCAUCGACCAAUGUAAAUUUAAAUAACAAUUUGUUGCUUCAGAAAUAUUGCCAAGAAACGCCCACGGUGUUUUCCAGUUUUGAUUUCAAUGAAGGCUGUGCUCCAGAGCGGAUUCAGUCUGCCACUCACACAGAAGGACUGAGUAAGGUGGGAGAAGAAAGCCUCUUUGAGUCCAUUACUGACAAAAAAAUUAAGCCAUCAAACGGUUUCUUUGAUAGCUAUUCACAACAAUGUGGGAUCAUUGAAAAUGUGAACAAGAACAGUUUUCAAGCUAAAGCACAAAAUGGCCACUAUGAUGCUGAAGAAGGACACAAGCACCUGGAUGGACUGUCACAGAACACUUACCAAGAUUUAAUAGAGUCUCAGGGCCACUUCAGCAGCCACAGGCAAGGAAGUGGGGACAAUAAUAUCGCCAAUAACUGCGUGAAUCGCACUCAGGCGUCCUGCUUUUCCAACCAUUUCAUGAUGGGAGACUUGAGGCAAAGCCCAAACGUCUCGCAGCUUGGCUCCAACCGGUUUUCUUUGAAAUCCACCCACCCAUUUGGACACUCUAUCAUCCCCCUGAUGGAUUCCUACGAUUUGUUCUCCUACGAUGAUUUAAGCCACUUGUAUCAUUUUAACGAUAUGAUGUAUGGAGACCACUCUUUCACAGGCUUCAUGCCGACAUUUGGAUUCCAAAGACCAAUGAAAACUAGGAGUGGACCAGCCAGUGAACUUCAUAUUAGGUUGGAAGAAUGUUAUGAACAAUGGAGAGCUUUGGAAAAAGAACGGAAAAAGACUGAGUCAGCUCUUGCCAAGAUUUACCCAGGGAAGAAGGUGUCCAGUACUAAUAACACUCAGAUUCCCAGACUGACAUCAAAUCCAUCCAGAGUUGAUCGUUUAAUUGUUGAUCAGUUGCGAGAACAAGCCAGAGUUGUGACUUUGCUAGGAAAGAUGGAACGUCUUCGAAGCUCUCCGCUCCAUGCUAAUAUACCUACUGCUCUUGAUAAACUCCUGGAAACAGUUCACAUUGUGCAGUCCCGUAGAAAGGAUGAAAUUGUCAACGCUUCACAUCGGCAGAGACACGGAGCUCCACGAUGCCAAGAUGACAGAGAUGUUUUUGCUCUUGCGCUGGCUGUUAAAGAGAUGAGCAUAGCAACUCGCAAAACGCGCACUAUUCUGUGGUGCGCUCUUCAGAUGUCCCUGCCCAAAACAGCCCCUCCGUCCGGACCAAUGGAGAUGGAGAUAAUCCAUCCAGAAGAUAAGACACAUGAACAAGUUAACAGUGGCCACCUUGUGAUCCAGAGAGGAGAAACAAAAAAGCAUUGAUGGAAAGUAAAGAGACUAUAAAGCUGUAUGUACUGUCACCCUGUACUAAACAUUAAGUGAACCAAGCUUUUCUUCCGCAUUUUAAGAAAUGACGUAACACAAACAGAAGUUUGCCUGCUGUAAUCCCAGCCUCUGUCUGAGGAAUAGCUGUCAACACAAGACAAGCGUAUGAUGUGAGUGACUGCCAGAAUCAGCAUAUUGAUGAGGCAGAAUUAAUGUGUUAGGUUAAAUAAAUUAAAAUAUUUUUAAUUGCCAAAAUGGAAUGCAAUCUAUUCUGCAGUGCAGGCGGUGCCAGUGGAAAUUUUGCCUGUAUGAUCUGAAUUACUGUAAUCUACUAGUAAUAGACCAUUUUUGAUUGUGAUAAAUAACACCUGUUACCAUAGACUAUGACUAUCUGGGAACAGGAAGAAGAUAAAACUAAACAAACCCAGUAUGAAUGUUAAAAGAAAUAUUUAAAGUACUUAUUUAUGAAUUUGAAGUCUUAAGAAUAUAAAUUUAAGCAAAGAAAUUGACCAGAUUUUCUUAAAUUAGUGAUAUUAUCAUAACGCCUUUAUCCAACCAUGCAUGUUAGGGAAUAUUUUAAAAAAAUCUUCUAAAAUCAUUUCUGUCUAUUGUUUUAAAUAAAAUAUUCUGUUUAAAGUAUUAAAAUGCAAUCAAAAUUACAUUUAUGUAAUCUGGAUCUUUAGCAGUUGCAUACAACUGAAAUGAUGAGUGUUAUUUUAAUACCCUUGGUUUAACAUUUUUAAGGAGGGUAUCUAGAAGUUAUGAGGUGCACUUUCUUUAAAGUUACUCUUUAGCCAGUUUGGUUUAAGAUUGUUUGGGGUAUCUUUUGUUCUCUUUGUUGUCUUCAUUUGCCUCUGCAUUCUUUAGCACUGUUGAAUGCUUGGGGGAUUUCAUAUCUUUUUAUUAAAUGCAAGUUAUUUAUCAAAUUAAUAUGUUGAUAUUAUGUGCUCAGGAGAUCUUGGGUUUUAACAAUCUAGCAUGAAUUUAAACUAUAUAAUGUCCAGAUAAAAUUUACUGUCCUACCCUUGGCUAUUUUAAAUGUGUGUUCUUCCAGCUUUUAAAAAUCCUGGUAUGCUGAAAUGUGUAAUCAAACCACAUAAAUUGCUGUAGAUGACGUAAGGAGCUGAUUGAGAUUGCAGGAGAAACUGCAAGGAACCAUUUUGAUCAUUGAUGUGACUUUGCAUGCGGCCAAAAUAAACUCUUUGGCUGCAGACUCUUUUACCACCACACCAUUCUAGCCACUGAGCAAAGAUGGGUUGAGUUUGAUAUUGACUAUGUUCUAUGUUAUAAAAAUAAAAUAUUGUACUAACUUUCACCUCUCUCCUAAUAAACUGGUUUUUGUUGCAAAA